AGUCGCGCCUGCAACGACAGUGGCGGUUUGUUGUUUUUCGACUCUUUUGCCAGGCACUGAAAUUGGUUCAGCGGGUUCAGCGAGCUUUUCGAGUUAUGGAUGCCUUGUGGAAAACGGCUUGCCUUCAGUGAGACGGUGUUUGGCGGGUGUCUUUGGAGCCUGACCCCAUCCUACAGUUCAUAUGGAGCCAAAUCAGUCUUCAGACCCCGGGAUUUUUGGUGUGUCCUCUUCUGUGAUUGGAUCUUCUUCAUCGUCCUGCUGAGGUUGGCUAAACCAUGGUGCAACGGUGCUGCGUUCCUUUUUGCAAGAGGAAAUCCAAAAGGGGCAGCAUAGCAUUUCAUGAGUUUCCUGCCGACUUGAAACUCUGUCAAAAGUGGAUUAAGGCAAUCCAUCAUGAAGGCUUUACACUUCACAUCGAUUCGCAGAGAGUCUGUUCUGAUCACUUCAAGCAGACAGACUACAUUGAAGGCAAGAAAAGAAGAUUUCUAAUCAAAGGAUCAGUCCCUAGUAUUUUCCCAAAAUGUUCCGGGAACUUGCCACCAAACCAGGCUUCGACCUCUGUUCAUCAAACGAUUCAAGAGCAAAAUGACUCUUCAAGUUCACUUCAACGUUGUCCACUACCGACCAUCAACACAGGAGAGAACCAAUGUGAAAACCUGCAUAGCGCAUCUCAUCAGCCUUUAUGGUCAUCUCUCCUGGGCGAUUGUGGCCUGCCCGCCAAAGCUUGGGGUUGUCAAGCCUCCACCAAACAGACAUUGCCGUCUUUGCCUGCUCAGCUUUUAGGGCCAUCAACCUUGAACGAGCAUGGCCUGCCUACCGAAGCUGAUUCUCAAGAUCAGACACUGCUAUCUUCGGUUGAUCAGUCCUUAGGGUUGUCCCCCUUGGGAGAGCAUGGCCUGCCUGCCAAGGCAUGGGACUCUCAAGCUUCCACCAAACAGACAGUGCCAUCUUCGACUGCUCAGCCUUUGGGGUCGUCUCUCUUGGGUGAACAUGACCUGCCUGCCAAAGCAUGGGGUUCUCAAGCCUCCACCAAACAGACAGUGCCGUCUUCGACUGCCGAGCCUUUGGGAUUGUCCCCCUUGGACGAGAGUGGCCUGCCUGCCAAAGCCUGCUCUUCUCAAGCUGCCACCAAGCAGACACUGCCUUCUUUAGCUGCAGAGCCUUUAGGUGAUGGAGCCACAUUGUUGGGGGAGACCAGCUGCCCACUGAAAGUUACCGAGAACAUCUGGUUCGGGUGCUGUUCCUGCACCUAUGUCACCAGUGAUCAGCGUGUAAUUGUGAGCCACCUGGCUGCCCAUGGUGAUGAACAAGCCAAGUGCCAGCAUCCUUCCAUGUCUGGCUCAGAUUCCCAAGUGCUCAGCAACACUCAAAAGCACAAGAGUGAAAAGCCAUUUAAGUGCAAGCAUUGCCCCCUUGCAUUUGCUUAUAAUUCCCUUCUGACCUGUCAUAAUCGAACACACACCGGUGAAAAGCCAUUUAAGUGCAAGCAGUGCCCCCAAGCCUUUGCUCAAAAUUCCUAUCUGACAAAUCAUAAUCGAAUGCACACUGGUGAAAAGCCAUUUAAGUGCAAGCAGUGCCCCCAAGCCUUUGCUCAGAAUUCCUAUCUAAGAAAUCAUAUUCGAAUGCACACUGGUGAAAAGCCAUUUAGGUGCAAGCUGUGUUCCAAAGCCUUUUCUUAUAAUAGAAGUCUGAUUCAUCAUUAUCAGACACAUUGUUUAAAAACCUUAGAAGUGCAAACAAUGCCCCAAGAGCUUUUCUCAUAAUAGGAGUUUAUCUGCCAGAACUAGAUGCUAACGUGUGGAAUGCCUUGCAGUUGCCCGCAAGUUGAGCCUGUCCCAUGUGUAAUUAUUUAACUCGUGCGGAGCUUUAUGCCAUUUCAAUUGAAGUAUACAUGAAAGCGAGUGGCAAUGUAGGUCCCAAAGGCCCUAAGGGCAUUUGUGUAAUGCCUGCAGCCAAUAGGCUUCUUGAAUGCCAUUAUUACCUGAGAAACUUAAAUCAGAAUUCUAGCGUGGUUGGUCAUAUAGACUAUGCACACAGUGCCAGACUAUUUGGCCUUGCUGUUGAGCUUCUCGUCCAAACGCCACCGUUUGUCAUGCCGCUAAUUUAUUGGGGAGUACUAAAUGAUUGUUUUCCAGCUGUGAUCUUGAGCCUGGGUCAAUGAAUAGGAGGCAUUGUUUAACGGGACCAUGGAAUUACCUUUUUACUUGUGCCAAAUAACUUUACAUUAAAUCUACAAUGUUCUCUAAACGCCGAACAGGCAUUUUCUUUCAUUUCGGUUCAUUAACUUCUACUAAAAAAAUAUUGAAAUUUCGAGUUUUUCUUCCUCUCCAACUCGCCACCAAAACAAGCCGCGCCAUAAUUUUGCAGUCGUGACAUGCUAUGGCACUGGGCAGCAGGAAAAUGGGAGCGUUAACGGUGAGCUGGCAGUGUGCCGGUAGGUUUUACCACACAAUUUUACUGCGCUAAUGGCGCCGUCACCGACAUAUUUUCUUAAUAGGCGCCUCUCAUCACCGCGAUAGCCAUGGAUACAUUGCAGCUGAGCAAAAUUCAGUUAGUUAUGUUGCACUACAGCGACAGCAUGGGACUGGUCCCAUACCAGGGCUGUGCAGAGGUACCUCAAAAAGUAUUUGGGAAUACAAAUACUGACAUGCAUGCAUUUUAAGGCUCAAAAUACAGAUACUGAGAUACAUUUUUCUUUUAUGCAAUGGGAUAUCCCUGAGAUACUUCUGCAGAAACGGCGAACGGGAUACAAAUAUAGACACAGAAAUCCAUUUGUUCCCGAACGGUGCUACAUUGUGAGGGUGUAGUUCGUGGCAAAUGCAAAUGGUAAUGUAUGCUUGUGCCCCUCUUUUUGCAUCAUUUUACAGACUUCCCCUUGCCUCUAACUCUUUAUUUAUCAAUAUUGCCGCUAAAAGAAAAAAAAAAGUUGUCUUUGGUGAACCACAUAAUUACUGAAUAGUAAAGACUGCGUGCCUUGCUUGACAAAAGACGUCUGCACAAAAUGAACCCUGUUUUGCUAUGAGGGCGCAUCUCAAACUGUCGUCUUGUACUGUUGAUUCCGGUUUUAACGAAGUCAACUGAAAUCGAAAAUCACUUCGCUAUAUCUGUUAUUUCGUUAUACAGUCGCCGACCGAUUAUUCGGACUUCGCUGGGACCGAAAAAACGUCCGAAUAAUAGAGCAGUCCGAAAAAUCAGCAGAUUGAAAAACUUGCCUUUAUUACUUCCAAGUGGGCUUAAAAAAGCCGUAAAUAGUGCCUUGGUUCAGGUUACGCCUGCGUGCCUUGUUUUAGGUUACGCCUCCGUUUCCGUUCAGCAACUUUCUGUUAGCUUGAGAAUCGCUGCCUUCUUUUCUAGCGUUAUGGUCGAGUACUUUCUGCGCUUCUUAACUACAGAUCGCAGUGGCAGAACAACAUAUGGGGCCAUGACGUCCAAGCCAGCGUUUUCCGAACAAGAUCAGAGGCGCAAAUCCACGAGCGCAAACUGGCGACUGGUGACGCGAAGGAACGAAAAACAAAGCAAAAUGAUAAUAAUGAUGAUGGUGAUGACGUGCAGCUAAAUGGGGGAAAAAAAAAAGGGCUAGCAUAGCGUCACCUAGCGGUAGGACUCGGGAGUGCUCAAGUAGCGCUGCCAAAUCAAGCCAAUUCAUUUGCAGCCAACAUAGAAUUCAAAAUGGCCGCUUCUCGGUGGUGUUUUGCGCUGAUCGCUCGGGACGAUUUUGUCCGAAUAAUAGAACUUUCGGACUUCAAGCUGUCCGCAACAUUGGUCAUGAACAUACACUAUUUCUAUGGGGUAAGUCACGGUUCCGCCUUUAGGUCCGAAAUAUCGAACAAGUCCGAAUUAUCGGAGUCCGAAAAAACGGUCGGCGACUGUAACCAACUUCGGCUAUUGAAGUGCAAAAAGAAAUGGGAAAUCAUGAUCGCUUUGAUAUAGCCGUUAUGUCUUUAUAACCGACUUCAUUAUAACCGGUCUCGAAAGUAUGCUUUGGAGUCACCCAUAAUGUGUGGAGAUUAGACACCAGAGCCAUACCUUUUCUUCACUCAACUCCUUUGCAGCGUUUGCUCUACGAAACUGGAGAAAGCGGAAGGCUUUAUGAGAGGAGCUUAUUCUGUAAUUCUUGCAAGUAACCUUUUUUAAACCAACUUUUUUUUAAUGUUGGUGACUGUGAUGGAUCAUGUUACAGGGCGGGUUCUUAUUAUAACUUCUGAAGCACCUUAAAUUUAUCGUCAAAAACGGCAACAAAUGUAACGAGAUGCCUAAAUCUGGCAAAGUAUCGCGAUAUAUUGUAAACGUAUCUCGAUACAAAGAUGCAUAUACUCGAUAGUACAGCCGAAGCUCGUUAUUUCGACUCCCGUUAUUUCAAUCAUCGCGUUAAUUCGAUCCUUCCGUUUAGCACCGUCAGAAAUGUACAGGCUUCAAUAGGCAGAAAACCCCGGUAUUUCGAUCUGAUAAAUAUCCCCAACCCGAUAAUUCGUCCCGGGAGCCAGCAUCUUCGUAACCGGGAAAUAUUUUUUUAAGCUAACACUGUAAGUUUAAAGGUUAAAACGGCGCCUCAGAACACAACACGCGUCCCUACCCAUAUUGGCAAACAGCCGUUGCAGCGAGCCCGCGCCUGAUUGCGACACCUCCACAGACGCGCGAUGCCCGUCGGCGCCCCCAACGCCUCGAGCCGGGGCGCGCUCCGCGAAAGAGCGCCCGCGCAGACAGGCGCCCUUUCGCUGGCGCCUCGCGCCGAAGAAAGGGCCGAUUUGAUUAGUCGAGAUAAGACCCAGUCGGAGCGCACCGGCCCGAUCACGUGGGGAGGCGCGCGGAAGGAGACGGGAGCAACGAGAGGGAAAUGAGUGAGCGAUGAAGUGAGAAAGAACGUCGGGAGGAUGGAGAAGGAGACUGGAGAAAAAUGAGCGAGCGAUGAAGAGGGUCCGUGCUGUCACGCGGUUUCUGGUUUCUGUUCUUUGGAGUGCACGGUGUUUAACGCUCAUACCGGAAAAUUUCGGUAUGAGCGUUCGUCAGGAUAGGCUCGCAGGGCAGAGUGGAGGAACAAA